AUGGUCUGGGUUCUUGAGAAAAAUGGAAAAUUCACAGUGAAGUCAGCGUAUAAUAAGAUGCUAAAAGAGAGAAAUGGGAAUCAUUCAGUAGGUAUGAGAAUGCAAGGAAUCUUCAAAAGGCUUUGGAAACUUCCUAUACUUCCUAGAACAAAUCAGUUCUUAUGGAAAUGUGUGAAAAAUAUUUUACCAACUAGAGAUAAAUUGGCUGAUGUUAUUCAAGAUGAAGAAUUUGGUUGUCCUUUUUGUUCUCACACUCUUGAAACUGCAAGUCAUGUGAUUCUAGAAUGUCCCUUAUCUAAAGCAGUUUGGUUUGGAGGACUUGGAAUUCAUAUUUCUCAAGGCAGCAAUCUUAUGGACUGGUUGUGCAGUUGGUUUGACAAGCUCAUUGCCAGACAAGUUCAAGAAUCAGAAGGUUGUAAAAUCAGCAUAGUGGCCUGGUGUAUCUGGAAUAUGAGAUGUGACAAAGUUUUCAAAGGGAUUGUUUCUUCACCAGAAGCUAUCAUUCACAAAUGCAAGAGAGAGUUUGCAGUUCUGGAAAAGAAGCACAACACUAAUUACAGGAUUACAUUACCUCAAAAUAGAAUACAUUUAUACUGGCAACCCCCUCCUGUUGAAUAUCAUAAAAUUAAUUCUGAUGACUCUUAUUAUGCUGACAAUAAUUCAGGUGGAAUUGGACUAAUCUGUAUUGAUUUUGCAGGAUUGCACCAGGGCUCGAAGUGCAUCUACUUAGCUACUGCAACAAGUCCAGAACAGGCUGAGAGUAAAGCUUUAUGGGAAGCAAUGAAUUGGGCAGCAGAGAAGGAACUAGAGAAGGUGGUUUUUGAGCUAGACGCAAAGCUUGUAGUGGACGCAGUUCAAGGUGUUUCUCUUAAUAUAGAUUGGAGAUUACACAACUUAAUCUUAGAUAUUAAAAACUUAUUAAGUAGUCAUCUCUUUUGGCAAUGUUCUUAUGUUCCAAAGGAAAAAAAUAAAGUAGCGGAUAGUUUAUCGAAACUAGCUAGAACUCAAAGAAUGAGUGGUGUUUGGUUAUUAGAUCCUCCUGAAGAAAUUCUCUAUCAACUCCAGGAGGAAACAAAUCAUGUAAAUGCUAUUUAA